AUGAGACGUAGAGAAAUUGUUUUUUAUUUUUCUAAUUUGUUCUUGCUUUUUGCUGUUUUUUGGGCUUAUGUCGAGCAGUAUUGGAGUUGUGAGAUCGGUGUAGAUGCUGCAAAACUUGCAGCAGAUUAUACAGUGAUGGCCCGUGAACUGCUUGAUAUGAAUAAGAAGAAGAAGGGAAAAGAGACUUAUUUGAAGUAUGCUUAUCAUCAGGUUCUACCUCCAAUUCAUGAAGCCCUACUGCCUCUGAGGCAUAAUUACUUUUCUUCUUCUCGUGUACGGGAUACCGUUAAUCAUUCGCCAACGAUCUGCCAACCAAAAACUUCUGUAGUAAUGGAGAGUAAAAAUUUUGACAGUAACCAAAAUUUGUAUUAUCCAACAACGUCGUACAAUGCAGCUGGAAACUCAGGAACAAAACCAUUUUCACCUUCUCAAGGGACACUAACCGGUGUACAGACCGCGCCGAAUACAUCUUAUUCUACAAUUAAACCAACUAUUAAUUAUACAUCUGAUAGCGACGUUAUUGUUUAUUCGGAACCCGCACCUUGUGUAACAGCAACAGACGGUAAUACACCUUCACCGUACUACGCAGUAAAUACAAUACCAACCGUAUCAUCUGCCGGAUUAUCAUCCGGUUCAGCAGUAGGACCGUUGCCGUCACCAACAACGGUUCCAGUGUUAGCAUCGGUGGAAACACCUGAUCAGUCGGCGGCACAACAGUGUUUUGAAGUUAACAACUCAUUGAGUGUGCCGAGCUGCAAUGUUGAGCAGACGAAUCAGUGUCAAACUGUUGCUGUGGCUCCCGUGGUCCUGCCAAAUAGUGGCGCUACCAGUAGUGUGAUGAAAACAGCACAUACAGUCGUUGAACCGGGUACCAAUACCAAGACCAAUUUCUGCUCUUCAAAGCAACGUUAUUACGUUGCUAAUACUGAUGCCAAUGUCACCUCAUUGACAAAUUUAAAAGAGAUCGGUGGAAUUCAACAAACCGAACUAACAUCAACACCGACAACUACCAGUACCGCUAACAGCACCUCUACUAUCAGCAGUAACAAGAAAACAAAAAACGCUAGUGGUUUGGAACCUCUGUCAUCUCAAAAUCCGGCGCCACAGCAGACAUAUGAAACUUAUGAGAGAAAAUCACGUUCUAAAAAGGAAACAGAAAAAAGUUCAACAAAUGUUGACGAGGAAGUUGCCAGAAAUGUAACAAAAAUUUUGUGCGCUUCAUUAAAACAAAAAAAUCUGCGUAACUAUCCAAAUGGUCUUAGCGGCGUUGUAUCAAAUAGUUCAUCGUUGAUGAUUCCGGGUACUAGCGGAAGUUUUGCCGAUUGUAAGGCCACAGAUUCCACUCCAAUUGGUUUGCCUGGCAGAAAUGAACCAGAAGAUAUGUCAUCAAAUACUUAUAAAACAAACUGUCGAGUGGUAUCAACUAUGAAUGUUUAUAAGACCGAUAAGAGUGACGAUAAAAUUGGUACAAAAAAUAAAGAAAAAAUUUUAAAAACCAACAACGGAAUGGGUCCACAAUGUGAAGACUCUUAUUUGGACAGUGCAGUAGCAGAAAUGUCUCGAAACAAUGAUUUUGAUCUUAUCACUAAUGGAAGUAUAACUCCACAUCUGUUAGACGUCAAUGAUGGUGGCCUAUCACCAGCGUUAACGAGAGAAGAUGACAAGGAAUCAGAUCGGACUCAAAUGACCACUGAUCAACCAUGUACUGGUCCCGAUAUGCUUUUAAUACCGGUUUCAGAACACCUGAAGACUGCUACACCUGCUGUUGCAGAAAGGUCAUUUAAAUGUGAAUACUGCAAAAAAACUGUUAGUUCUAAUCGUAGUUUAAAACGUCAUCAAAAUACGUGCAAAUCUUACCAGAGCCAUAUCAAACUUUUAAGGGUCGACAAUUUUUCACACGGUGAUACCGACAAACCGUCUUCUUCGACUGCUUCAACACCUCCAUCGGGAACUAGUGCUAGGCCUGCUCUAGCAAAUGGUAACGCAGCUAAAGAUAGCACCUCAGUAUCUAUAACAAACUUAAGUUAUAACACCAAUACAGCAGAAAAUCCGAAGCUGGUCACAAAUAGUCGCCGUACGUCAUCCACCAAUCUAAACAUGUGUGAGGACUGUAAUAAAGUGCUUUGCAGUGCUUCAAAUUUGAAACGGCAUCGAAGCACUUGUAGAGCUGCUAACAAAAGGGCAGAGAGUGCGGCAACCGUAGCGAAGGUUUCACAGGCUCAGUCUCUGUCGCUGACUCCAGGUGCUCAGUCAUCGUUCGAUCGAAAUGAUGAACCAGACACUAAUAUUGAAGGUCAGCUUUCUGCUACGGUAACAACUACUACCGAAACCGUACAAAACUCAACACCAAAAAGCAGGCGACGGUUUUCAAGUGGUGGAAACUUUACGUAUACUGUUCCUAACAGAAAUACAGUUACCGUUGUACCGCAGCAAAAUUUGACAACAACAACAACAACGACAGGACUAAAUUCAGUAACAACUCCUGGCCUGAAUCUUGAUGUUGUGGCAACCAAACCAUGGAUUACUGUUGGUGAGCAUCUGAAAGCUCAACAUACGCAACGGCUUAAUCAGCAACGACAGUUGGAAGAGCAGAAGAGAGCAGAAAUGCAGGCAAAGGCCGUAGAAACAAAAGCUCAACAGUCAUGCGGUGUGAUGAACUGUGUUCCAGUAAAUCAAACGUACAUCUAUUCCAUUCAGCCGAAUACGACCAAACAGCCAAAUGUAAUCUUAUGGAGUCAGAGUAAUGUUGUCACACAAAAUCCGGUAGUUACCGUGAUGACAACAUCUGCUGAUUCCAGUGUGGUUACAAUACCUUCCACAGCAGCCAACGCUAUUCCAUGUGCGGAAACAUCAGAUGUAAAAACCGCAUACGUGAAUGAUUCAGAAAAUGAUAAAAAAUAUUCAUUUGAAUCUAAAUAUGGACGCGGUAAUGGUACAACAGUUUCUAGCGAUUUGGGUUUAUCGGAUGAUAUUACAGUUGGGGAAGUUAUCAAUAAGAAAUUAGCUAUGUGUAAUGGUAUUUUACCAUCAACAUAUUCCGGUUCGCAAUCUUCAUGCAAUGUUCCUGGUAAACAAGUUGAAAUUUCUAAAGUAAGGAAAAAAGAAGUUCGUUUAGUAAACAGUACAAUAACAACUGUACCAAUAUCAGACAACCAAUAUCUGUCUACAUCAACUGGUGUGAACAGCAGUAAUUCCGGAACAUUAAUGGCAUAUUCGGCAAAAACUGUUGGCAACAAAUCCACAAUGGAUUUACCACCAGAGCCAUCAGAUUUUCGAUUCGAAUGUCCGGAAUGCUUAAAAACGUAUUCAUGCCGUAAAAACGUUAAACGACAUCGGAUGGCCGUCCAUAAAUUGUCGGCAGAAGAGGUGGCAAAAGUGGAACCGGUCAGGGUAUUGGUGACCAGUGAAGACGAACAUAAACGAAGUCAACGACAGUACACCAUUAUUAAAUUAGAAGAAAAAAAUUUGGACAAUUAUGUUUCUGAAACUGUUACACGGCAAGAAGAAAACGAAAACGCUGCAGUUGUUACAACGGUUACCACUGCAGAAGCUCCAACCGUAGUUUCACAAGCAUCAAAAGACGACGUUGAAAUGGCACUGGUUUAUCCGCAGUCAUCCAGCCAGGUUCCUAACCAAGUUACACCGGUCCCUACUGUGUCGUCGCCGGUAACAACAAUGGUCAGUGGUCAAUGUUGGCAACCAUCACAAGUAGCUGUUCCGCAAUCAAAUUCGCCUCAGUGUAACCAAUAUCAGCUGUCGAUGGAUGAUAACGUUCAGUUAGCAAAAAUUGAAGAAGAUUUGCGAAGAUCUGCAGAAUUUAAACUUGCAAAUAUUAAUGAAGCUGAUAGCGAAUCAGAUGUUAAAAAAUCGGUCGCUGAGCUCGCUGAAGCAGAUACCACUACACUAAGUGAAGAUUGUGAAGAUAUCAAUAGCCAUCUGCCUUCUCACCCCAAUUCGGUUCCGUGUAGCGGCAAUAUACUUCCUUCAUCGUCGCCAAAUAAUCCCAACUGUCAACCGUAUUCCGUACAACCCGAUAUUAAUUCACUUUCCUGUGCCAGCUCACCGUCAUCAAGAGGGCUUGGUUCACAACUUCCUCCAAUUCGGACAACUUUACCACCAGUUCAGCAUAUCAUCUAUCAGCAAAGUCCAUCGUCAAUAGAUCAGAAAGCGAGAGCUUAUCCUACUAUAAGUACUCCUGUAUCGCAUCUGAAAAGUUCAACACGAACGCGUACUCACGGUGGCGUACCCAAAACUAAACAACCACAUAUCUGUGUGGAUUGUAAC